CAGCAGCACAGCAGGCAGACCAAAAUCAUGGCAUCUGAUAUCACAUCUCUCUUUAAAGCUUCUGUAAAGACUGUUCGGACGAGAAAUAAAGGCCUCGUUGGUGGAAAGGAGGCAGGAAACAGCUCAAUUUUGAGCCAUGCCAGAAAUAAAACCGAAUUUGCAACCAGGGCGAGAGAUGUGGCCAACAACAUCAGUAAGCUGAAAGACUUUCUGUUACAGCAUCGUAAGGACUACAUCAAUGCAGCCAGUCACUUAAUUUCAGACACCAGCGGCAUGACAGAUGCUGAGAGGGAUCAGAUUGACACUGAUGCCCAACAAUUCAUGAGAACCUGCUCUGAGACUAUCAGGAUGUUCAAAGAAGAAGUGCUCAAGCAGACCGUGUCAGCCCAGGUUCGAUCACACAGGGAAGCUGUCUUUGAAUUGCUACAAGACUAUCUUAAAGCUGUUUGUAAGCUAUACAGCGAGCAGAGAGCGGUUCGUGUUAAGAGAGUAGUUGAAAAAAAACGAAUUUCUAGACUUCAGCCCAAUCAACCUGCUCUUGCCAACAGUCUGCAUCCGCCAGCCACCAGUACUCCAGCCAAACCGACACAAGACCCUGGAUCACCUGACUUAGAACUGACCAAUCAGGAAGGAGAGGAGGAGGAGUUUUCUCCAGAGGAAGUACAAAUGUUUGAGCAAGAGAACAAGAGGUUAUUUAAUGAGAUGAAUUGCUUGGUGGAUGAAGUCAGGCAGAUCGAAGGGAAGGUGGUUGAAAUCACUAAGCUGCAGGAGAUUUUUACAGACAAGGUCUUACAACAGGAAGCCGACAUUGACAGGAUUGCUGAUACGGUUGUCGCGACAACAGAGAACAUCAAAGAAGGAAAUGAAGAUAUCAGGGAGGCAAUCAAGAAUAAUGCUGGCUUCCGAGUUUGGAUUCUCUUCUUCUUGGUCAUGUGCUCGUUCUCUCUGCUGUUCUUGGAUUGGUACAGUUGAACGCAGAAAUUUCCCACACGUACGAACACGCUUGCUCACCAACAACGGGCUACCAGCUGAAUUUCUUACAUUAUUUUCAACAAAUUCAAAGCUUGACAACAUGGGACGUAAUUCCUUGCUGCCAGACUUCAUGACACAAAGCUGUCAACGGAUUGACUGUGAUGUACCACAGAGGGCGAGACAAAUAUCUACGGAUCUAAGAAAAACCCAGUCUUUACCUUGAAAGGGUGCCAAAUGCAAAUUCGUAAACCAUUUUGACCAGAUUAGACGGAAUUCCAUGGCUACUCACAUCAGACAGAUGUUGUUCCAAUUUGUUGUUCCGACUUCCUGUUUCAGGGGAGAUUCUGGGAGAAGGGGCGAGAAAACCACCAAGUGGUCUCUGAUGGCCCUUAAAAGAUUACAAAUGUCUUAAAUGCCAUUUUGUAAAUAGUCUUUCCACCUGUGCUGAUUUAAGCCCACAUACUGCUAAUAACAGUUUGCUUGUGGUAAAUUAUCACUUUUUAUUUGAGUAAAGAAAACUGGAAUUGUUCUAUGAAGACAACCUUUACUUGAGGAUGAAGAGGAGCAUAAAUCCUUUACUUUUGAAGAUGUGAUGAGGACCUUUAAGAAUAGCUUCGUGGUUUUUCACAUCGACUCAUUUGGGGAUGGUUUUUAGACACAGGAUCUAAGAGUUUCAAGAAAGACUACAAAGACAAGUUCAUUAAAAAAUAGAGUUUCUUUAUUGGGAUCAAAUAUACAAUGUAUGCCUUCAUCAUGUAUAAAACAUAUCAAAAUGAUAUUUAAUUAAAGCUUGCUAAAUAAAUCUUGAUCAAAAUAUCAUUUUGCUCAAUGCUUGUUAUCAAA